UUCGUAUUCGCCUUUUUUAAAAAGGAAACGCCGCCAACUGGCGCACGGGAGCCACAGAGCAAAAGCACCACACUCCACUAUCCAGCAAAAGAGAUCCAGAGGCAGCAGUCAUGGCCACCGUCAGCGCCGCCGCGGCGACCACCGUCGUUGCCCGCGCCGCGAUCGCCAGGCCCAACGCUCUAGGGCUGCCCCAGCUGAGGGCGAGGAGCGAGAGGGUGCGGUGCAGCUACGCCAAGGACGCGGCCGCCGUCAGCGCCAAGGCCGCUGGCGCGUCGCUGCUCGCCGCCGCGGGCGCGGUGACCGCGUCGGCGGGGCCCGCGCUGGCGCUCGUGGACGAGCGGAUGUCCACGGAGGGCACCGGGCUCAGCCUUGGGCUCAGCAACAACCUGCUGGGGUGGAUCCUCCUGGGGGUCUUCGGCCUCAUCUGGUCCCUCUACACCGUCUACACCUCCGACCUCGACGAGGACGAGGAGUCCGGCCUCUCGCUCUAGAUCCAUCCAUCCAUCCAUCCACCCUCUCCUGCUGUUAAAGGAUCUGCAUGUAAACAUGGUGGUGGCGGCCACCGGUGUAAUUUCAGACAUGGCUAUUUGUAUCUAAGCUUCACUUUUGCGAGAUGUUAGCAGCUGGAUUAUAAGUAAUAAUAUUUUGAUCCGGCCGUGGAGAUUACGCA